AUGGAAGAUUUACUCGGAAUUAUAUCUCUUCUUGAAGAACCAACUGCAAUUUUGAAGUCAGAUAUUAUACAGGAGGUGUUGAUAAAAAUAAAGAAGAUAAACAUACAAACAGACAGGACUGAUGACUAUUUGUUACUGUAUGAUAAAUUAUUGCAGACUUUGUGGGGUCACCUACAGUCGGAAUUAAAGGAAUUAGAUGAUCAACUGCUUUGCUCAACAUGUUUUUAUAUAAUUCUUAGCAUUGUUGAAAAGCAGGAACAUUUCUUAAAGUUAAUACUACAAAAUAUUAAUGAAGAGCUAAAUAAGAGGAAUGAAUCAAAUAGAGAUAACAGUACAAUUAUGAGAACUGUUUCCAUUAUUUAUGGAUUAUUUCAGUCCUCUUUUCUUUCACAAAAAGACAAUCAAAACGAGGCUGUUUUAGUAGACAUUUUAAAUUCUGUUUUUGACUUGCUUAUUCACAUGGCUUAUGAAUAUUCACAUUACACAUUUUUAACUUUUAAAAUUAUAGUUUCGCUUAAAAAAGUAUGUGGAACAAGUUUACAGGAUGUAGUAUUCACAAGACAAAAUCAGUUGAAAUUACUGAAUCUGGUAAAUCACAAUUGGGAGAACCCUAUUAAUGGAAUACGGAACUUGAAUAGAUCUAUUUUUCAAACUAUCGUUUCUGUGAUGGAUGGUGAUAUUUAUGAAGAAAUUUUGAGAAAAAUUAAUUCCUUUUGCUGGAACAAGGCUAAGUAUUUGAUGUUAUCUGAGGUUAUAGAGCAAUACACAGAUAAUGUAGUAAUACUAAUAAAACAAUUCAACUUAGUUGAUGGUCUCCUACAUAGUUUACAUAAACCUGGAUUGGUGUCGGCUGGAGCAGAUAUGUAUUAUUCAUUACUGAAAAAAAUUUACUCAGAUGAAGAAUGGAGAGAGAUAUUUUUAAACAGCAUAAUACAAAUUUUAAAUUGCUCAUCACAAAAAGCAAUUGAAAACUUUAAUAAUUACUGGUGUCUUACAACAUUAAAAAAAUUCCCAUCAUUGAGUACUUUAAUAAUAAAUGUAUUACAGAAAUGUGAAAAUUCAGAAAAGAAAAUGUUUGGUACUCUAUGUUUAAUAAGGCAAAGUAAUAGGCUUAAUCUGAUUGUUAAAGAUUGGAGUCAAAUAACAGAUAUUGAACAAUUAGUAAUUUGUGGUAUAGAACAUUGCAAUCCAUAUAUAAGAAUGUCUGCUUUUGAUAUAGUUUGUGUUACACAUGAGAUUUUAGAAAGCACAUCAAGCCAAUUUGUUUGGGAAAAAGGUAUUUCAACAAGUUCAGACUUUUCAAAAAUGAAUGACAUGGUUCAACAGAUAAUAGACAAGUCAGGUUAUACAACAAGUAAUGAUGAAGAUGAAACAAAGAUAACUGGUUUACAACAAAUUGUGUUAAAUUGUUUAUGGUUAAAUGUCAAGGCAUCUUGUGAACUGGCAUCAUUGAUUCUUAAAUAUCACAACAGUGAUAAACAUCUAGCUAUAUGUGAAAAAUCCCUUUAUGUGAUUACAAAAGUUCUUGAAACAUCCCGCCAUAAAGGAGCGAUAGAGGCAGCUGGUGUAGCUCUUGGUGAAGCUAUACAAAACUUAACAUCUUUACCAGCGGAAUGUCAGCUUUCUAAAUUACCCUUAUCUUUAUUAAAACAAAAACUAAAUGAAUUACUUAUGGAAGCAAACAAUAUGGCCUCUGUGACAAGAAGGGGUGCAGGUUUAUCUAUAAUGGUUCAUAGCAUUGUAAGCAAUGAUAAGAAAAAGAACAAACCUUUAUUUCAUUAUUUUGUCAAUACUUUACUGGACACUUGCAAGGCUUUACAAGAUGACUCAGUAUAUUUUGAAAAUAUUUCAAAUGUUAACAAUGAAAAAGAUUUACCAAAAGCAAUAUACAUUCAUUUUUUAACAAGAAUAGUUACAGACAGCAGUUUAACAACAGAAGUAAUGUAUUAUUCUGCAAAAUUAGCUGAACUUGCAUUUGGCAACCUUACAAGUUCACAUUGGCAAAUAAGAAAUGCAGCCCUCCAACUAUAUGGUGCUUUAAUCCCAAAACUAAUAGGCCAGAAGAAAGCUUCUGGUUCCGAGGACGAAGUUGCUGCCACUGUAGCAUGUGACGAGUUUCGGACACACUUUCCCCAACUAUGGAGAUUUAUAUCGGAUCAAUUAAAAUGCGAUCAAAAAAAGGAUGUAUUACUGUCACAUUCUAAUUUUCUGCCUAUAUUAAAUAUUCUAGGUAAUAUAGCAAAAAGGUACAACUUUUUCAAUCAUUUUGAAAAUGAAAUUGAUGCAGAUGAUUUAUUAAAUAGUCUUGUUGCGUUACUAGGAAGUCCUAUAUUCACUGUACGACGACUUACUGCAGAUAGUAUUUUUAACAUUUACUCCUUUGAUAAUAUUUUUGAAAUAUUAGAAAAAGCUAAGCAAGUGAAUGAAAAUUGCCUUCAUGGGUAUCUUUUACUAUUGGUGAAAUGUAACAACCAUUACAAAAAUACUACAUGCCAAAGCAAACUUGAUAUAUUAAAAACUAAAUUUAAGACUGUAUUAGACUCACGAAUGCAUUCUUAUAUGUGCAGAGAGUUAUUAGAGAGCAUAUGUAAUGAAACAUAUAACUUUGGAGAAAUUCUAUCGGAAAUUAAAAAUCAUUCAAAUGAGCCUGGGAAAUUUCAAUGGGCUAACACACAUAUUCGUAAAUGUUUGCUUAAUUGCGAAUGGGCAGAAAUACCUCACUGGUUGUACUUAAUUUUGGAUAGCAGGGAAUAUGAAAAACAUUGUGAAAUAUUGUGCUCAAAAAUUGACUCUCAAGAUGUCGAUAGUGUAGUAUUUAAAAAAAUAACUGAUAUCUUCCUAGCAUUUCCAAAGAAAAUGUCAAGUAAUAUUAUUUGGAAAAUUCUGUAUAAAAUAUCCUUGUUAACUAACAUCAAUAAUAAUUUAGAUAUUAAAGACAUCACUGAAUAUUUAAAGGAUAAUAUUUCCUAUAAAUUAAGAUAUAUAAUUCCAUUUGCAGCUAGAAUAACAUUUGAGCAAGACAUUUUAUUAGCAUUAAGUAAAAUCAUUCAUAAAUUAUGUAACGCUGAAGAGUCAGAUAUAGAAAUGAGAAUUAUUGCCGCCAAGGCAAAUAAUGAAAUUGCUCAUAAAUUAAGCAAAUUACCUGAUGAAAUAAAAAUAGUUUCCAUUAUAACAGCAGUUAUUUUAUUGCAAGAUGAAAAUGAAGAUGUAAGAAGUUUGAGUGUAUAUUUUUACAAGAACUCCUGUAAAAUGUCGUCACUUGUACAUCCAUAUAUUUGCUUACGCAGUAUUUUAGACGAUAAAUUUUUAAGAUCUGUUUUUUCUGAUCCCAGCAGUGGCAUAAAUUCUAUUUUGGAAGGUUUGUUAAAUUUAUUGCCGUCUUUAAGCUCGCAAAAUAUGGAUAAUUUUAAUCCAUUUACAAAUGAAUCUAAAAAUAUUUAUCAAGAAGUUACUGUUAUAAAAUACUUGAUUGCAAAUUUGAAGAAAGGUUUAUAA